UGCCUGUGUAAUCUCCGUGUGUUUAUAGAGAUGUAUUUGUACAUUCGUUUAUUCAUCGAUUCACCGAUUGCAGUUGCCUGCGGGUGUGGGCGCAAAUUUAGGUGUAUGCCUCUGUGCAUGCCUCUGUCUAUUCGAAUCGAUGUGCGUCAAUCUGCAUGUGAAAAUGUCUUUGCGCAUCGCGAGAGAGAGGGACGAGGACGGAACGCGAUCAAGAAAGUAGAUCCGAAUUGCGAUUUGCACCUUUCUCUAAACCUGUUCUGAUCUUUGCCGACACACUUGUGCCUGAAAGAAGCUCGCUAAACCACGAAACCCGAAUUUGUCAAAGACCUAGCGGAGACGCGGAAGCGGUUUUUUUCAAGGAAGACAGACAGAGAAGUCUUGGUGCCCGUCGGCGCUCUUUGGAGGCGCUCGCGCAUGCACGCGUCCCGUUGGAAAACUUCGGGUGUGUGUCUCCAGCACAAAUUGAAGGUUCUUGCUCCCCUGAAGGCCUCGCUUGAAACGAAGCCGCUUCUCUUCCACUUGACGCCCUUAACUCUCGAUCUCUGCUUCCCCGUUUUCCUCACCAAGUUUCCCCGUUUUCCUCACCAAGUUUCCCCUUAGCGUAAAACCUAAACGCCUCUCUCGCGUCCACAGGGUUGUCUCAGUGGCCGCUGCCUUCUUCGCAUGUGUGUACCAAAUCUCCUCCCCUCGUUUUCAAGGUUCCUGGAGACUCUGGUAGUGACCAAAGGCCCAGGUCGCACAGAAUGCCAGGGGAAGACCUGGCAGGUCUUUUCACUCUUCGCCACUGCAUGCGCCUCCACAGACACCCGCAAAGUCGCGAGCCACAGCCGACAGAAAAGAAAAAAAGCAGAGACAGACAAAGGAGUUUUUCUGCUUCCCUUUCUUUCCUCCUGUGCAUCACUGAAGGCGGAGGCGGCGGCUGCCACUUGGUCUCCGGUGUACGUACAGCCGGAGCCUGCGCUCUGGCAGAGCUGGCGAAGCACUCCUGACGGCCGCGUUGCUCACAGCGAGUUGCAAUUCGAGAAACAAACAGCAAUGUGGAGUUUUUCUUUGUCUCGUCCUCUCCUUUCUUCUGGAGGACUGAGGUCGCACCUCGCGGAAAGGAGACAGCAAUCGACACAAUUUUUAGACUCCGCGGCCGCCUCUCCCGCUCUCUCUCCACUUCUCUGUUCUUGCGAAUAUUCUCGACUGUAUCCACCUUCUCUGAAGUCUCGAGGUUUUCACUCGGAACGCCUCUUGCCUUCUGCGUCUCAUUCCGAGUGCCGGGUCGGCUUUCAUGUCUCGCGUUUCCGGUUUCAAGGAUCGACUUCUACACGCUCGAUUUCUUCCGCGGCGAGAACUGCGGCCCAGCACCUGCCUGCUUCGUCAUCGUCUUGUGUCUUCACUCAUGCUUUCUCUCCCUCGCAGCCUCCCUUCCUUCGUUCGCAGGGAACGCGCUUUCUGCCCGACCCAACGCUGACCUUUGCUCUCCCGCAGCUGGUCGGCUCUGCUUUCUGUUCUUUGCGGUCUUCUUCAGUCUGUCGUCCCCCGUCUCUCUCUUCUCCCUUUUCUUCCCUCUGUCAGCUCUCCUUGCCUUUUCUCUCGCGCGCCGUUGCUCGCUCAGUCGUCUCUUCUUCUUCGUCGAUAGCUUCUCCUUCCUCGAGCUUCUCCUCCUCGAGUCUCUCUGCUGCCUCCUCUCCACCGCGUCCCCCCUCGUCUCGUUCUUCGUCAUGGUCUCUUUGGUACGUUUCUCUCUCUGCAAAUUCUUCUGCGACACCGCAAGAGCUUCUGCGUCUCCCUCCCUCUCCUGCGUCUUCUCCUUCCCUCUCGCCUUCUUCCUCUGCUCCCUCGUCUUCGGUUCAAGAUGAACAGAGAGAACCUGUGCGGGGGGAAGGGCGGGAGGAGCAGUCGAACGGCGACUCUCGAGGAAGUUCGAGGAGCUUUGCAGCCUUGCCAAUCACCAGUUUGUCGGUGGGUCGGACACACGGCGCCUGCGUGAUCGACGGGAAGGUCUUCGCGUUCGGCAGAAGCAACGCGAAAGGCCAGCUCGGCUCGGCGCUGGCGUCUUCCGCUCUCCGUCCUUCCGGAGGUUCUUCCUUCUCUCCCAUCGUUUCUCUUCUCGCGCCUCUUGCCUCUUUCUUCUCCUUCGCCAGCGCUCCCGCCUUCGAGUUAAUGCAAGUAGACCCACCUGAGGGCGGCUGGAAAGGGAAGGUCGUGAAGGUCGCCUGCGGCGCCACGCACGCAUGCGCCCUCACCGACCUCGGGUGUAUGUACACCUGGGGAGCGCCUUCGGGCCUCUUUCAGGGCAGCCCCCUUGGAGUGGGCGACUGCCGCCGCCGCGUCCGCCCAACUUUGGUUUCUUCGUUCGUUCGAGCGAGAGAACAUGUCGAGGACGUCGCCUGCGGACCUUCCUGGACGCUCUGCACCACCCGCAGCAACCGCGUGUACGCGGCAGGCAGUUCGGACUUUGGAGUGACUGGCCGUGGCGCGACGGGAAGUUCUUCCGUCUUCCAGGAAGUCGAGUUUUUCCACUCGGUUCUUCUCCCCUCUUCUCCAUCUUUCGCCGCGACUUCCGCCUUUUCGCCAGCCUUCUCUUCUCCCGGCGUUCGUACGCCUGGGGGUCCUUCACGCGCGGCGGCGCCUGCAGGCGCGGAACAGGGCAUCUCUGCGGGGGACUCGCAGCUUUUCUCGCCGUCGCUCGAGUCUCUCGGCGCCUUGCAAGGUCUCACAGCUGCAGAGAUGCAGGCCCAGUUGCGUGGACAGCUUCCAGUGCACUUCCGGGAGAAGCUGCGCGAAAGGCGCUCUCUCGACGAGGAGCCAGCGGCGAGAAACAGUUCCAGCUUCCCUGCCUCCAGGUCCUUCCUGUGCGGCCUCCCAAACUCCGAGGCCGCGACGCGGAGCUGCCCCGCAGAACAUCCCCCCCUCCCUGGGAGGCGCCAGACGCCGCGCGACGUCUGCGGUGUACGUACACCCGAGCCCGGGAGAGCCGGCGACGCCACAGGCUCUUUUCGAGCGCAGCGGCGCGAAACUGGAUGCAGAGAAGGCGGAGCAGUUCUCGAGUGUGGGGGAACAGAGAGAGUUGCGGGAGUCUCUGCCCGCGGCGAGCCGGGAGACAGAGCGGAGAGGGCGCUGAGGAGGACUGGCCUGGUGCCGAGUCCCGAUGCUGCGUCGCGCGCGAGCGGCGAGUCUCCGGGUGUCGCGGGGACCAGGGAAGGACAGAAGGGUGGAAACGACGGCGAAACCGAUUCCUUUCACCACGGAGAAAUGCACAGCAGAAAACAGACGAAAGUGCGACACAUUGCAUGCGGCUCUCGGCACUCUCUCCUCGCCACCGACGACGGUCGUUUGUGGGCAUGGGGGAGAAACGAAGAGGGACAGCUUGGCAGAGAAGUCGAGGCCACAGCAAUGACGGGCGCCAGCAUCAGCUUUUCUCCCUACCCUGUCCUCGUCCACUCUCUGCUCCGAGGCGGCGCGCGCGUCUCUCAGGUGGCUGGAAGUUCCACGCAGUCCUUCGCGCUCUCGGAGGACGGAAGUCUGCAUGCCUGGGGCGGCAGCUGGGGAAGAAAACCUGUGGCUAUGACUCUCCACCCUCGCUUCGAGCAGAGCGCGAUAAAGGGGAAUGUCACGAAGCUCGCCGCAGGAUGGGAGGAGCGAGAAGACGAAGACUGCGUUCUGGCUGUCACAGAUUCCGGCGAUCUCUACGUCUGGGGCGCCUCUCUCGCCGCCUCGUUCCGCGCGGCGGCGUCUGCCGCUGUUGCCUCCAUGCCGGGCGCCAGGCCUGAAAAAGAGUCAACGCAUGCUGAGUCCGAGACGCGGGAAGGAGCACGAGACAAAGAGCCUGUGAAAAUCGAUAGAACAAAGCUUUUCGGUGGCGGGGCAGUGCGCGAUGUCGCAUGCGGCCCUCUUGGCGUUCUCGUUCUCGUCGAACACUGAAGACAGAAAAAAAACAGGAAGGUUUCCUCCCGUUUUUUGUAGUCUUCAGAUUUGAUAGUUUUUCCUCCUCUGUUUUCUUGAUCACUUUUUCUCGGACUCUGUAAUUUUCCUUCGCUCUCUCUAAUUCGAUGAGUCGUUCGCCUCCGUCCUGGUUUUCAGUCUGUGAUGCGCAGUCAAAAACACAUCGAAUGCCGUCGUCCGGCGGAUCUUUCGUUCUUUCUCUCCACAUGGUCUUUCUGCUUCCUACCAGCGCGGUCUCCUUUCGCGGUCUCUUGUCCUCUCUCGUCUCCUCUCAUCUUCCCCCUUCUCUCUCUCUUCUUGUUUUGUCUUCUCCAUCUUCACUUGUUCUGUCUUCCUCUCAUCUUCCCCCUUCUCUCUCUCUUCUUGUUUUGCCUUCUCCAUCUUCACUUGUUCUGUCUUCCUCUCUUCUUCCCCCUUCUCUCUCUCUUCUUGUUUUGCCUUCUCCAUCUUCACUUGUUCUGUCUUCUCUCUUCUUCCCCCUUCUCUCUCUCUUCUUGUUUUGCCUUCUCCAUCUGUUGCUUUCUCGCUCUUCGCCCCCUUCCUGCUUUCUCGUUUUUUCUUCUCCUCCAUAAGGCUGGCGCCUGCGCCUGUCUGUUGUCUACUGGCUGCCGACGACCCAUUUCGUCGAAGCAUUUUUCCCGCUAGUCUUUGCGUCCUUGUUUCCCUCUGUCUCCCCGUAUCACGGGAGAGACAGACGGAAGCGGGGAAAGCCUUGAGAGAAACGACGCAUUUUUCGGAAGCACACCGCUGUCGCUUGAAGCAGUUCGUCGUUGAAAGAACGCAUAAGACGCGUCAGCUGGUCAUGCAUCUCCAGGGUGUAUGUUCGAAACUGCGAGAGCAACAAAAAGAAGGCGUCCGUAGCAACGCACCCUCAACGCAAGAGAGCCAGAUUUCCACGGUCCUGCUCCUUCGUCAGAAAGAAGAGGCAAUGGCUCUUCGACUCUAUACCGUGUUUGUCGUAGAGUGCGAACUUCUUUACUAUUCUUGGUAGUGAGGCUCCUGUCUGUUGAAUUGGAGGACAUCCUGUUCUGGGUCAAGUCCUGAAGCUCUCACGGUGCAAAUGCCUACGAUCUCUGCUGAAAGACGAUGUGCUACUUCUUCAUCGGCUUGAAUCUUUUGCCGGAGAUCUGUUUCUCCUUCGCUGGCGUACGCGAUCGGUUUCGGGAUUGUAGGUCAACUUCUCGACAAACGAGACUAUCUGUGGGGGCGAAGCAGAGGGAAGAGUUUCACAGCAUGUCCGUUCAGGCAAGUACACGCUUCUGAUGCAGCCUGCGUUUUGAACUCUCGCGACGCGGGGUGGUACGCUCUACGCUGAGUCGAUACAGAGGACUUGGCGAGAGUUUUUCGAGUUCUGAGGUUCCUCUUUUUUCCGGGGCGAAGAACAGUCCAGGACAGGCCAAUGCAGACCUCAGGACGAGCACAGGAGGCGAGUCGACAGAUGCACAGGAACAAAGCGAGUCAAUUGAACAUGGCGAAGACAGGGUCGAAGAGCGUAUUUGUCCACGCCCCCUGGAGAGAGGACGACGAGAUGAUUUGGGAGGUGUAUUCCCGCAAGUAAUAAGAGGGAAGGCCUUCUCACUUUGUAGAAGGGCAGACUGUAUUGCUCAAGAGACGAGGUCGAUUCAGUCAGAAAGGAGAGCCUUCGUUAAAACAGCGUCUGCGGGUCUUCUCUUGGAGGCACACGCCAAACGGCGCCUUUCUCGAGUCCUCUCUGGGUGGACGCGUCUUCGCCUUUUCCAUUCUCUGGCCAGGUCGACUUCUG